AUGGAGUUCCUGCACAUGUUCAGCUCUUCAGCAUCCUGCCCCACUGAAUACAGCUGGGGCAACGCCAGCGUGAUCGUGCAGCACUAUAACUACACCGGGCGACUGCAGAACAGAACAUCCAACAAGUCCAGCAUCAGCGUGGGUUCAGCCAUCCUCCUCUGUUUCAGCAUCCUGAUCGUGCUGGAGAACCUGCUGGUGCUGCUAGCUCUUCUGUUCAGACGCCGUUCACUCCAACGCUGGCUUAACAUCUGCAUAGCUAACAUAGCGCUCAGCGAUAUGCUGACCGGCGUGGCCUACGUGGUCAACAUCUGCAUGUCAGGUGAACGGACGCUCAGACUGACCCCAUCGCUCUGGCUCAUGCGUGAAGGACUUCUGUUCGUGGCGCUGGCCGCCUCUGUGUUCAGCCUGCUGCUGAUCGCCGUGGAGCGCUACGGCACCAUGAUGAAGUCUGAGAUCCAGAACUCGGACAGGAAGACCUACCGCAUCUAUCUGAUGGUGGUGCUCUGCUGGAUUUCGGCAUUCGUCAUCGGAUUCCUGCCGUUCUUCGGUUGGAAUUGCGUAUGCAACCUGAGCGGCUGCUCCACCCUCCUGCCGCUCUAUUCCAAAAGCUACAUCCUGUUCACGCUCGUCCUGUUCUUCGUGAUACUCAUCGCUAUCGGUGGGCUCUACUUCUCCAUCUACUGGCACGUCCGCAGAAACACAGUUCUGAAGAGCAAGACGCGCUCCAUCCGGCUCCUCAAGGCGGUGAUCUCGAUCGUGGGAGCCUUCUUGGUGUGCUGGGGUCCGCUGUUCAUCCUGCUCAUGGUGGAUUACUAUUGCGAUUCGCGCCUCUGCGACGCCCUCUUCAGCCCGCAGUGGGUGAUCGCGCUGGCUGUCUUAAACUCGGCCGUUAACCCACUGAUCUACUCGCUGGGCAGCCAUGACCUACGCAAGGCCAUCAGGACGUUGCUGUGCUGCAUCUGCCACCCCAAGAGCCUCCUGUCCAAGGAGACGUCGAGCACCUCCGUAAGCCGCCACAGCAGCCUGCGCAACAGCUUCAACAAAGUAAAGAACAUGAGCACGAGCCCGCAGGGCCGGGACAAAAGCUGCAAGAAGAACAGGCUGAGCUCCACAACCUCCUGUCUGUCCGCAUCAAGCAGUUAA